AUAGCCUACUUCCGCCCUUCUACUAAAUCAAACGGCCGUAAGGUUGGUUCAAGGUACAACUCGGGUUAUUAAGCAGUGGAUUUUCCGCGAUGACAGAGAAAUCAUCCGCAGAGGAUCCUAUUCCCCUCAACAGCCCUUGAUUCUUGCCACGAAUCCUAUAUAUAUAACCGUCUAUCGCAUGCCACCCCUCUCUCUCACGAAACUCCGUGUGCAAAAGUUUGUUUCUCUUUGAAGAUAUUGAUCUCCGGUUGUUACUUUAACCAAAACAUCUCAUGACGAUAAGGACAGUGAAAGUCAGCAAUGUCUCCUUAGGUGCAUCUGAGCGAGAUUUAAAGGAGUUCUUUUCAUUUUCUGGCAAAAUUCAAUAUGUUGAAAUGCGAAGUGAGGAUGAGAGGUCUCAAGCUGCAUAUGUCACCUUCAGUGAUCCCCAAGGAGCGGACACUGCUGUUCUGCUUUCGGGGGCCACAAUUGUUGAUCAGCCCGUUACCAUAGCUCUGGCUCCAGAGUAUGAGCUACCAGCAGCUGCUGCUUCCGCACUACCAACUGAAACAGAGGAAAAAGUUGCAGGUGGUCCUGAGUCCGCUAUUCGAAAGGCAGAGGAUGUUGUCAGCAGCAUGCUAGGCAGGGGCUUCAAUUUGGGAAAGGAUGCACUUAACAAAGCAAAGACCUUUGAUGAGAAGCACCAGUUCACUUCGACUGCGACGGCCAAAGUUGCUUCUCUGGACCAAAAGAUUGGUCUCAGCGAGAAAGUUAGCGCUGGCACGACAUUGGUGAGCGACAAAGUGAGGGAAAUGGAUGAGAAGUUCCAGGUUUCUGAGAAGACCAAGACUGCAAUUUCAGCUGCUGAGCAGACGGUCAGUACUGCUGGAUCUGCCAUCAUGAAGAAUCGUUAUGUUUUAACUGGGGCUUCCUGGGUCACUGGUGCAUUCAGUAGGGUUACCAAGGCAGCAGGGGAAGUGGGACAAAUGACAAAGGAAAAGGUUUUAGCUGAGGAAGCUCAGGGGAAAAAAGUGGAAGGCUCUACUCAGACCCUCGAGUCUGAAUCUCCAAAUGUUGUUGCAAGUGAUCAACCCUCCAAGCCUGCACCAGCACAUGGAUUGAUCCUCUGAAUCUCUGAAAGUAGCGUAAAUAUUUGCACAGAAACUGUAGUCCUGGUCAUGUAACAGAAUAACAGUGGUUUCGUAUUAGUUUCUAUUAAGUGUAGAAUUUGCUCUGAUAGAUGUUGGAUCUGUUAUGUAAUGUAUUUAUGAAAGAGACACACACCAGUUACUAUUUCUUUAGCAUUCAUUGUUCUUUCU